AUGGCUUUGUCUCGAUCGUUGAGCUGGCUGCUGUGCCUGGUGGCCGUGAUUGGCAGUUCCCUUGUGGCAGGACACGUCUUUACUGCUCCAAACGCCCUCCACCUUUUUCAACCAAAUCGCGUUGAGCUGCAGCCAGAUUCCGACUUUGCCGUCUCCGUCAACCUCACCUCCCUGCAGCGUCAUGGCGAGUUCUGCGAGAUCUCGGUGACAAGUGCCAAGCCCAACAAGAAUGACUUUGUUGCCCUGUACCUGACGAGCGACGACGUCACCGCUACUACACCCAUCAAAUACCAGUUUCUCAACUAUGACCCAGCGUACCUGAGCAGCGGACGCAGCAAGCUGGUCUUUCAGCUGCUGAACAUGCGUGAGAACUUUGUCCUCCAUGCCUUUACCGGUGGCCCGGACCAUCCAACCUUGGUGGCCUCAUCAACCCCCAUCACCAACACCAUUGCAAACGUGCCGACGCAAGGACGUCUGGCGCUCACCAACGAUGAGGCUUCCGUGCGUGUCUCUUGGACAACCGGCAAAGUAGAGCAGCCACAGCUGCAAUAUGGCGUCUCUGAGACAAACUACACCGUUGUUCCACCCACCGCUACCCCCUACACGCGGGCACAGAUGUGUGGUGCGCCAGCUAAUACCAUUGGGUGGCGUGAUCCUGGAAUUUUGUACACGGCGGUCAUGACCAACCUCGCUCCGAAUACCCACGUUGUCUAUCGCUAUGGCGAUGCUGCCACAGACACAUUCUCGCCCUGGCGCUCGCUGCGUACACGCCCCCAAACCGGAGAUGCUUUUAACAUGAUUGCUUUUGGUGAUCUCGGCCAGCAUGUCAUUGACCAUUCUCUGCAACAAGAGGACAUGCCGGCCAGCCGCAACACCACCGACGGCAUCAUCGGCGAGCUUGCGGAUAAAUCGCUUCUGUUCCACAACGGCGACAUCUCCUACGCCCGGGGCUACGAGUCUCAGUGGGAGGAAUUUCAUGAUCAGAUUGAGCCGAUUGCUACGACUUUGCCGUACAUGACUGCGAUUGGCAACCAUGAGCGCGAUUGGCCCAACACCACGUCGGCCAUGCAUGGCACUGACAGCGGCGGUGAAUGCGGCGUUGCCUACGAAACUCGCUUUCUCAUGCCCACGCCAACAUUGGAUGACGUAUGGUAUUCGUUCGACUUUGGUGUGAUGCACCUCGUGGUCAUCUCCACUGAGCACAACUUUUCCGUGGGUAGCCCUCAAUACGAGUUUGUCAAGAAAGACCUCGAUCAGGUGAACCGGAAGAAUACCCCUUGGCUUGUUUUCGCCGGCCAUCGACCCUUUUACAUUGAUAGCACCGCCAAUUCGACCUACGAUGCAGACCAGCCCGUGGCAAAGGCACAGCGCGAUACGUUUGAAGACAUGCUGUACGAGCAUCAGGUGGACAUGAUCUGGGGGGCUCAUCACCAUUCUUACCAGCGCAGCUGCCCAGUGUACCGGGGUAAAUGCGGCGACACCAGCGACGGCUACGCUGGACCCGUCGUAGUGAAUCUCGGCAUGGCUGGUGCUGGCAACUCGCAAAACCUGGAGCCCAACCCCUCCAAGAUGUGGCAGGUGCUGGACGACACGCACCAUGGCUACAUGCGGUUUGCCUUUACAAGCACAGAGGUUCGCGGCGAAUACAUCCGUGGAGACGAUCUCCAGGCGCACGACUCGUUCUCUUUGAGCAAAUAA